CUAAUAACACUAAUUCUUAUAUUAAUUAUUAAUUAUUAUUAUAUUAUAGGCGAUAUUAUGCCGCCCACGCCUGAUCUGGUUCUUUCAGUUUUAGUCCUAAUGGAAAGGAGAUGACCAUUUCUUUCAGAUCUUAUAUAACAUUGGUUUAAUGGGUGCAGGUUGUCUUUAAGAAUGUGAAUGAUUUGGAAAGGCAUCUUUCUUGGAAAAUCUCUUCAAGAUCAUGGUAGCUGUACUUGAGUGAUAUAAGAUGCUUUUUUAAUUAGUCUAUUUAUUCAAGUCUUUGUGCCAGUGAAGUAUUACCAUACCAGCAGGUGAUGGAAAACUUAAUAAGACUGCUGAUGGUUGCUGUGUAGAAAAGUUUGAUUAGCUUUCUGAGAUAGAAGAGUUGCUGGUGAAUGUUCGUGUAUAGAUUUUGACAGUGUUUACUCCAUUUCAGUUUGUUGUUGAUAGUUGUGCCUAGAUAUUUAUAUUCUUGUACUUGUUCUAUGGUUUGGUUGUUUAUCUGAAUUUCAGCAAUAUGGUCUUUGUUUUUCCUAAAAUCAAUAAUCAUUUCUUUAGUUUUCUAAACAUUUAAAAUUAGAAAGUUAUCUAUACACCAUUCGUAAAAGGUGUUAAUUGUUGAAUGGUACAUAUUUUCGUCACCUGCACUAAGGCCAACGAUUGCUGUGUCGUCAGCAAAUUUUAUGAUGGGAGUGUCAGCUGAUAGACUCUGAAUGUCAUUUGUGUAUAUGGUAUACAAUACUGGUGACAGGAUGCACCCCUGCGGCGCUCCAGUGCUAAGUUUUCUCGUGCCUGACACAUACCCGUUCACUUUUACAUAUUGUGGGCGUUUGAUGAGAAAGUUUAGAAUCCAUGCUUGUAUGCUUUUGCUAACGUUCAAUUCAGAUAAUUUUUGUUAAUCUACCAUUACCAGUGUCACACAUCCUAUUAUAUAAUAACGUAGAUUGUACGUAAAUCUGUAAUUUAUGGAUCAAGAGAUCUAUUUUUUUUAUUCUAAUCUAGUUCUAGACUACACUAGACCAGAUUUACUAAAGAGUCUAGUUUGGAUCUAUAGAUAAUACACAUACAGGUUUAACACAGGUUUAAUUUUUCAGUUAGUUAUAUUAAUUUAACACAUAUUUAAAAUUAAAAUUACGUAAUGAAAUUCCACUAAAGCGAGUCUGUUAUGAAAUAGAGUUGCCAACAUAAUUUUUAUGUGUUCUGUAUAGCAGAAAAAAUUCUUCCUGGUGAUAGAAGUGGAAAUGCAGCAUGUUUUCCCCUCUAAUCAGCAAGAGUUCCCACUUGCAGACCUUGCUAUCUAUACGGCAAAUAAUGUUAAGGUCAUCUGUUUCUCUAAUCAGCAAGAGUUCCCACUUUCAUCUGUUUCUUUGGCCAAUGGUUAAUGAGAGCAGGGUGUCAUGUGUCUAGCACAAUGACCACCUUUACCUUCCCCAACUAAAGUCUGGUAUCCAUUAGAGUUGGGUGGACUCCUAAAAAUCCAGAAAUUCAAAUCCCAGUCUUCACAGAGAUUCAAACCCAGGAAUCAUCUCCGAAAGUCAAGUGCUUAACCACUCAGCCACCGAGCCCGAACUAUAGAUCUUGAAUUUUUAUUUAUAAUCCAUUUACCAUUCUUUCAAAGAAAGAAAUGAUAUGUUUUUUGUUUUCGUAACACAAACAGGUCACAUUAAAUGUCUCAUGGACAGCAAGGUCUUGAAAAGCUCUUACAUAUAUUUACUCUAAGCAGGGACUACCUUCUAAAUUAAACCACUGUAACUUCAAAUAUGAUGGGGAAAAAGAUACCUGGAAGCAGUAUUCCUUCCAAGAUUGCACACCAUCUCAGAAGACGUCACUCUGCUGACUCACUGGAUGAUGAAGACAAUGUGCUAGAAAUGAUGGCGGAUUAUGUGAUGCACCCAGGAGACAGCAAGAUGAAGCAGAGUGAGAGUAUUGGGGCGCUCAACAUCUCCCUGCAUCAGUGCGCCAGAGAUGGAGAUGAGGCCAACAUGAGAGUGCUUUUAAAGAGCAUGGGCUUGAAUGCGAAGAAGAAGAUCAAUCAGUUUGAUGAAGACAACAUCACUCCGCUUCAUUAUGCUGCUCGUUACAAUAGCCUUGGGGUGGUCAAGGUCCUUGUAGAAGCUGGGGCAGACGUCCAAGCUGUUGGAGGUGAAGACAGAAUCACGCCACUACAUCAUGCUGCUAGAUACAGAAGAGAGAAAAUGACUAGAAGAAAGAUUCCUGCUGGAAAAACUACAAGCGUGCAUUCCACUUCUGGACAUGACAUCGACCCACUGGAUGAGGAGGACCAGAAGUACAUCAAAGCAAACCGAGUUAGAAAGAACAGACAGGUUCCUUCCUUGCAGACAUUUGCUGCAGCAAAGAGCGAACAAGUGCUUCAGCAAAUAGAUAUGAAUGGAGGCCCAGCGCAGCCUGACCUUCAAGAACGUGACCCUGAUGGCAGCAUUGUGAGGUACCUGAUCAGCAAAGGUGCAAACAUUAAUGCCACCGACAUAUUUGGGCAGACUCCCCUCCACUUUGCCGCAAUGAGAGGCAACGAGGUGGCCUGCAGCAACCUUCUGUUCUUCAAAGAUAAAAUCAUAAUAAAUGCCAAUGAUAAUCAGGGCUCUACACCACUUCACACAGCAGCCUUGUACAAACACUUAGAGAUAGCUCGCAUGCUUAUAGAGGCUGGGGCAAACCUGAUGUCCAGAGACAAGGAACAGUGCACACCCUUACACCAUGCUGCCAGUGGAGGCAACUUUGAGUUGGUAAACUUGCUGCUGGAGGCUGCCUCCACCUCUGACUCAGGCUGGAUUCUAUUGUCUGAGAUGGUCAGUGCUAUAGAUAUAGAACAGAACACUCCUCUCCAUGUGGCAGUGGAUCAUGGUCACUAUGAAGUGGUCAAAGUCUUGUUAGAAAAAGCUGCUGAUGUCAACAAGCCACGCAAGCAUUUCAUGUAUCCCCUUCACUUGGCUGCACAGUCCGGGGAUGUCCGUAUAGCCCGUCUGCUGGUGGAGGGCAAUGCCCGCAUUGAUGCCCUUAACGAUGACCAGGCCACUGCCCUACACAGAGCUGCUGCCCUGAACCAUGUUCCAGUUGUAGCUUUUCUGGCCGAGAGGGGAGCGAAGGUGAACAAAAGGGACAAAGACAAUUACACCCCCUUGCUGUUAGCAGCAUCCUAUGGCAAUGUAGAUACAGUGGAGCUCCUAUUGAAGAAAGGGGCUGAUUAUAAUGCUGUGGAUAAAUAUGACAAGACUGCUAUAUUUCUUGCUGCAGAGAAAAAUCAUCUUAGUGUUUUAACAAAAUUAUUGCAAGAUCCCAGAGUCAAAAGACUUGUCAAUGACAGUGAUUGUUAUGAUAAUGACCCAAUACAUAUAGCGUCACAGAAAGGUUAUUUGGAAAUUGUCCAGCUGCUGUUAAAAAAUGGAGCACAUCUUGAUACAAAGAAUGAAGAAGAACUGACCCCUCUCCAUUGUGCCUCCAAGUAUGGCAGGACCAACAUAGUAAGAGAGCUGAUCAAACAUGACAAGACCAUUGUCAACCAUGAAGAUGAAAACUCAAACACUGCCCUGCAUGUUGCCGCCAGGUAUGGCCAUUACAAAGUGGCCAAGGUCCUGCUCAGUCUUGGGGCUGACGUCUUUACCAGAAACUACAACAGAUGGACACCUUUAGAUCUGGCUGCUUCCAAAGGCUGGACAAAGACUUGUACUGUCCUCCUGAAUGGUGGGGCACCAGUUGACCCUACAGAUAAACAUAAGACCUCUCCACUUCACUUGGCCACCUCCUAUGGUCACGCUCGGGUUGUAGAACUCCUCAUAGAGAGAGGUGCUAAUGUAGCACUGAAAGACGAUGAGGGAAAGAACUGUCUGGACAGAGCCAUAGAGAACAACCAAGCCACUGUGGCUAAAGUGAUUGUCAACUGUGCCUUCUGGAAAGAUGCCCUAAGAAAUGCUACUAAAGAUCCUAUCACUGGUAACAUAGAUACUCCUCUGAGAAAACUUAUCAAGCAUAUGCCAGAAAUAGCCCAACGUGUUUUUGACAGGUGUUUAAGUUAUGGCCAUGAGAAAAACCCAGAAAGACCAGAAUAUGAAAUAACUUUUGACUACGAGUUUUUGGAUGAUGUGUACGCACCAUGGAUUGCUGCAGUGUUAAAGAAUGAGGAAACACAGCAAAGUGAAAGUAACUUUGAUGAUGAAGAUGAAAGACUUCCAGCCGAUGCCAAACCAUACUCAACAGACACAAAUAUUUUGAAGAAAAAUCACCCACUGUAUAUUAUGAUACUGUCAGAAAGAGAGUCCCUCCUGGCACAUCCCCUGGCCACCUCACUUCUGCAGUACAAGUGGAACAAGUUUGGCAGCUUCUUCUACUACCUUUCUUUCUGUAUCUACGUCGUCUUUUUGGUGUUCCUGACUGGCUUCAUGAUCAGCACUGAACCACCAUUCCAUUUUGACAGUAAAGAUAGAGAACUGAUUGAGAACAACACCUGUAAUGCCCUGGGGAAGAAAUACGAACAGCCUUUGUUUGCUAGAGUUGGCACUUAUAUCAUCCUGACAUUGGCUGGAUUCAAUAUGCUCAAGGAGUUGUUGCAGCUGUACCAAGCCAAGUUGAAUUACCUGGGCUGGACCAACCUGAUAGAAUGGGGCAUCUAUCUGUCUGCUGUUCUGUUGGUGAUCAACUACAAUGACUGUCAGGGAGCUACUGGAUACAGAUUGGAGUGGCAGUGGAACAUGGGAGCCAUCACUUUAUUCUUGGGCUGGUUUGAACUGGUUCUUUUAAUCCAGAAGUUUCCCAGAUUUGGCAUCUACGUGGUGAUGUUCACUGAUGUACUACACACGUUCAGCCAAUUUUUUGUGGUCUUCUUUUUGUUCAUCAUUGCAUUUGCCUUGGCAUUCUUUACGUUGUUACAGGGGCAGUUCCCCUUUGAAACCGUGACCAAGUCUCUGAUCAAAACAUCUGUCAUGUUGAUUGGUGAGUUUGAGUUUGAUGACAUUUACAAUGCUAAAGACAGCCCGUUGCCCUACCCUGUGGCCUCCUACAUCAUCUUUGUCAUCUUCCUCAUCAUCAUGAGUAUCAUCAUCAUGAACUUAUUGGUGGGUUUGGCUGUAGAUGACAUCAAAGCUGUCCAGGAGCAGGCUGCCCUCAAGAGAAUGGCCAUGCGGGUAGAGCUGGCUCUAGAUGUGGAGAGGUUGAUCCCUCACUUCAUCAGGAUAAAGGCAUUCUCCCGGCGGAGGACCCUAAAGCCUAACAUGACCCACUCCAACCCAGUACGACGGGCUUUCACCAGCUCUUACUUGAGUCCACAGUCAUUACAGAAAGCCUUGAAUCCAGAGUUGAGUGAGAUGGAGAAGGUGAAAACCAACCAGGACAGACUGUCCUCCCAGAUGAGGAAAGUCAAACAGACUGUGAAGGGGAUGAAAGAACAGAGUCAGAAGCUAGAGUCCAUGAUGAAGGCUAUCGUAAAGGCUCAUAAGAUAGAGUGGCAAGAGGAGGACUACCAACUGGACGAGGAUGUAGAGCUGUCUGAUGAUGACGACGGCAUGUUGUAGUGACCACUUGUUGACCUUUGUUUGACCAACGAUGUUUUAGCUUUUUUUUUUUUUUAAACAUGUUUAUUAACAGUAAUUGAUAGUUGUGUAAUUCAUUAAUGUGUACAGAAGGCACAGAAUGUCAAAAGUUGAAAACAGCAUGUACUUAUGCCUAACUAGCAUUACACUUUGAGAUUGUAUCAUUUCAAUACUGGAGGUGAAAUACUCACUGAAAACCAAAGCAACUGAUCACCAUCAUCAUGUUCUCUUUGUAUUAUGUGAUGUGUAGCAGAACUUGUCCAGGACUUGUUGAAUUCAUACAACUUGAUGUGAAUACAAUGAUUAGAAGACAUUGACAAUUUAUCUCAUCUUAUAAAAUACAGACGUUACUUCAUGAAAGAAGAUGAUUACAUUUUACACAUGUCCUUAGGUCAAUCUUGUCUUGAAUUCUGCCAAGUCACUGGUUUUCCUGGCUGACUCAGGCAACCCAUUCCAUGCUCUAAUAGCACUAGGGAAGAAGGAGUAUUUGUACAAAUGUAUCUUAGCGUAAUUUAACUUCCAAAGCUAAUAAGCACAUGUGAUGAAGUAACAGUGUAUUUGGUGUCAUCUGUUCUUCAGUAUCAUAAACAUAUUUUUGGAAAACCACUGGGAAACUAAGGGCAUAGUUCACUUUUUAUAUUAUGGAUUGACUCAUUUUUACUUUAAAUUUAUGCAUAUUAUGAAUUUAUGAAGUUGUAUGUUACUAACAUAGUAUUGGAAUCAUGACUUAAGUUGUAAAUAGACUUUGGGUCCAAUUUUUUAUGUAACUAUUUUGGCAUUGAUUCCAUUGCUCAGAGACCACUACCUGUCACCAUUUCAACCUGGGUACAAUUAUUUACCUUUUGUUAAAAGAAUAUUUGGUGGUGUAACUUUUGUUGCAUUAAGCUUUUUUUUUUUUUGAUUCAGCCUUUUAUUUUCCUUUAUGUAGUGUCCCUUUAUUGAAUGGUGUUUGAAUGUCAGGCUUAGCAAUGUGAAGUCCAUUAAGCCCUUGCCAAACUGUGUAUAUAUGACAUUAACAUCAUUUUUCAUUUAUCUGGCUCUGCCGCUGCUAUGGUAUUUAUUAGGUGAUGCAGCUAGUUUUCUUUCAUAAGACUCGUCACCCAGAAAACGAUCUGUGUCUACAUUGACACAAUAGAAGUACAAUUUAGUUAUUAGC